AUGAGAAGCGAACUUUAUUUGUUUUUGCUGAUUUUCGCGUCACAAAAUGUCGCUGAAUCGGCCAAAUUGAAUCACCCGCGUGUACUGCUGCCCAUAUUUCAGGACAAAUCCAUCAACUUCACGCUGGAAGUCGUCGAUCCCAACUGCUACAAGUGGACCUCAUCGCGGCAGGACUUGAUAACUGUGACGCCCGUGUACACUGGAUUCAGUGAGUGCGCCAGCCAAGCGGUCGUCACAGUUCAAACACGCGAAAGACGCCGCAACACGGCGAUUGUAUUCGCCGAGGAACUGGCCACCGGCGCCACACUGCGCUGUGACGUGAUUGUGGAUGCGAUUGAUCGGCUAAAUGUGCGCACAGCUACGCGCCAGCUAUACCUGGAGGAGGCGCCGGCCACAUUCGAGCUGCACGCCUUCGACUCGCAGGGCAACGAGUUCUUUACACUGGAGGGCAUCGAGUUCAAUUGGGAUAUUUCGUCUUCUAGCAGUAAGAUGCCGCCGGCGUUGCGUUUUCUCACCUUCUCGGACAGUCCGUUUCAUGUGGUGCCGCCGGCAUUAGAGAAAUUCGAAGCCGCUGGCUUCAAGGGCUAUAUGAUACUGCUGGAGGGCAUUAAUACGGGCACCUCCAAGGUGGCCGUUAGCAUGCCGCAGCCAGAGUACAGUCAUGUGCCCGUAAUGGAGGUGUAUAUCAGUGUGCUGGCCAACAUCAUUAUAGAGCCAUCUGAGGUGACCAUCAUGGCUGGCGACUCGAUCAACUUUCGCAUUCUGCAGCUGAAAAUGGACAAACUGCACGAUAUAACGGCAAAUCGGCAGUACUAUCUGGAGGUGGAGGACACCAAUAUUGCCUAUCUGAAGGGCAGCAGUGCGACGGGCUCACGCCACGGUCGCACACAAGUCUUUCUACGUGAUCACAACAUGCCGCAGGACAGCGACAACGGCGCGGACAAGCCCAAAGGGCCCAGUGCUCUGCUGACCGUUGCCGAGCCCGCGAAGCUGGGCAUUAGCCUGCUGCCGCAUAAUAACUGGGUCACAGUGCAGGGUGAGCGUCACGAAGUCGCCCUGGAUCUGUACGCUGGCGCUGGGCAGAAAAUAACGCUGGGCACGCGCUAUGCCAUUAGCUCCGAGCUGGACGAAUCACUGUUUACAAUCCUGAAGAAGACGCAGAACGGGAGCCGCCUGUACGGCGAGGCACUCAAACAGGGCGUCACCCAAGUCUAUGGCUCCUACAAGGAUUUGUCGGUGCAGGCUGAGAUGCAAAUAUUUGAGAGACUGAAGCUGCAGCCCAUGAAAGUGAUCCUGCCCUAUGAUCCGAACACCAUCAAGCCACAGAAAUUUCAAUUUCAUGCAACUGGCGGCGAUUACAACUAUGUGUGGUUCUCGGGCAAUCCGCAGGUGCUGCAAAUCGAUGGUCAGGGUCUGGCCACAACGGAAAUUCGUGAUGUGCGCAUGCCCGGCGUCUCCAAGGAGCUGAUGGAUGCCGGCGUGGAGUUGGCUGCACACACCACUGUUCGGGUGGCACUGGCCAAGAAUCAGAAGGUGGCGCGACAGGCACAGAUCUACUUUUUACCACCGCAACGGCUCGAGAUCAAGCAGUAUAAUUUUGAGACAGCCCUCAAGGAUUAUGUGCGCCUGCACGUGGCCGUCUAUGCUCAUGUGAAUGGCAGCUAUGUGCCCUACACGAAAUGCGACAAUCUGCACUUUCAACUGGACUUUUCGCAUCAAAUCUUUCAGCUGGAAAAUGGCGCUGCUGCUGAGACGCAGGAUGCCAUGGCUGCCGAGGCUUGUCAUGUGCUGCGUCUACGCAGCACCACCGUUGGCAGCACUUUGCUACGCAUUUCAUACAGUUUCCAGGACAAGGUGCUGCAGGAUUCCGUGAAUCUGCAUGUCUAUGAGCCGCUAUCUGUGCUGAAUCCGUUGGAGAAUGAGCUGGUGCUGCCGAUUGGCGCAUCGCGUAAUGUCAUCUAUGCGCAUGGGCCGCAACGCAUCUUCACGCUCGAGGCGGAACUGAACAAGGCUACUAAAUUCGAUGGCAAAGUUAUUCAAGUCUCCGAAAUAGAGUUCGACACACAAAAUGCUAUCACAGCCUUUACGGUGCUGUGUCGUGAGCUGGGCGCAACACAGUUCACUUAUCGCGUGCACAAUACACUGGCCACGCCCAAAUUUGCCGCCUACACUGCCGAAAUCACCACCAAGGUGCACUGCGUCCGACCACGCUUUCUCAAGCUGUAUGCCCGCCAGCAGCUGCGUCAAUCCUGCCCGGUGGAGCUGCGAUCGUCGUUGCUGUAUCUCAAGGAUGACGUGAACCAGUUUGAUAUUGAGAUCGAGGUGCAGGAUGUGAAGAAUCGAAAGCUGAUGAACAUCAGUUCGCUUUGGCUCGAAUGGGAGUUUGCCGCUGGCGAUGAGCGCUAUCAAACGGACAGCAUUCCUCACCAGCAGCUGGAUGAAGCGGAGCUCUAUCAUGGCGUUCGUCUGCCCGGGCGUGAUGUCCUCGUCCUAACACUGAAUGAGGUGGCGCCCAACUUUCGUAUCAAGGGCACAGUUGCCCACUACAAUGACAAGUUGCUCUCACAGCUGGGCAUCCAUGCGGAGCGUCCUCCAUUUGGUGUUAAGAACUUGAAAACGGGAGAAGUAACCAAGCCUGUGAUUGAGAACGAGAUACGUUUCCACACGGUUAAUAGCACGCUGCUGCCACAGGAUCAUGUGAGCGUUUAUCUGGCAUCGUCGCACAGCGAACGCAUAAAUAUAGCCCAGGGCAGCGGCUUCUUUCAGCUGGAACUAUCGGAGCAGGGCAUUGUGCAGGUUACCCAUGACGAGAAGCACAUGCAGCUAGUUUUGACGCCAUUGCGUUUGGGCCAUGUGCGACUGGAGCUAACCGAUCGCUGCCUGAUGAACGAGCCGGCGCACUUGUCCAUCUCUGUGGUGGGCAUAGGCGCCAUCAGUGUGCUAGCGCUGGAUCGUGUCGAGCGCACCAAUUCCAUUGAGGCCAUUGUGCGGCUCUUCGACACCAAUGAAAACCUUUUGCAUAUUGAUUCCGAUAUGCUGAGCGUCUAUCAGGUCACCGAUCAGGUCUUCGAUCCUGCCAUACUUAGCGUCAAGUUAGAUGAGCAGCACGGCUUGGGAGUUGGAGAGAUACGCUUCAGGAUAACGGGCAACAACAUUGGCGAGACCAAGAUCGUGUUCCAGUCUGGUCAGGUGUCCAGUGCGCCGCUCAAUGUCCAGGUAUUUGCACCCCUGCGCCUCUAUCCGCGCAAUUCGACGCUCGUUGUGGGCUCCAGCAUACAAAUCUAUUACCAGGGUGGACCGCAACCCAACACGAACAUCGUUUACAGCGUGCAGCCGCGCCAUGUUGCCACCAUGAGCUCAGCCAUUCUCACAGCACAUAAGCUGGGCGCAACGAGAAUAACCGGAAAGUGUUUGCUUAAGAAUCCCAUUAGCGGCAAGGACGAGAUCGUCUCGGAGGAUACGGUAGAGGUGCGUGUCGUUGCCCUGACUGCAGUCCAAGUGCGCACGCCACUUGUACGGAUUCGGGCUGGCGCUGUUAUGCCUGCCACGCUGUGGGGUCAGCCGGAUCUGUCGCCUAUGGUGUUGGGCACACUGCAAAAUAUGCGUAUCACCUGGACGGUCAAUCAGGUCGAUGUGAUUGAGAUCUUUAAUGUGUUUACAACAGCGGGCAUCGAGUAUCAAAGUAGUGACUUAAUUUCCGUGCGGAUACGUGCACUUAAUCCCGGCAAGGUCACCAUCACAGCCUCCGUGCAUUUGGCAGAUGGCGUCAAGCUGCCAGCAUCGAGCGUGGAACUAAUUGUUUUCAAAACACUGGAGCUGCUCGCACCAAAGCCUAUAACAAUGGACUGGAUUUUGGCGGCACCACGCAGUACGCUUCAGCUGAAAUGUAAUAUGGAUGAUGCGGUCUAUAAGCUGGAUGCGCAAAGCAGCGGAAUUGUUUCUGUGACGCCAGAUGGCGUUGUCCACACAAAGGAUACCCUCGGUCGGGAUCUGAUAAUUGCCAAAACGGUUGACCAGACGCUGCCCAUUGGCAUUGAAGUGAAGAAUGUACAAUAUAUAUUGGUGACUCUGCAGCCGGACAUCAAAUUGAAGCAGCUCGAGCAUAAAAUACCACGCGGUAUGAAUUUCGUAUUUAAAGUGUCGCUGCAUGAUAAUCUCGGCAACGAGUUCUCCCAUAACAUUGAGGAUGUGAACGGAUUGCGCUAUGAGCUGGCCACCAAGGAUGUGGUCGAUGCACAGAUUGGCAAUAAUCUAACAAUUGCGUUGAAUUUGCAACGCGAGACGAGCAACAUGAUUGCCAUCAGUUUAAAGGAUACAACCGGAGUUAAACAUGCCGAGGACUACAUCAAACUCUCUGUUGCCGAGUCCCAGCUCAUUUACCCCACCAAGACAAUUUUCUCUGUGGGUGACAUCAUUUGCUUCGAUUCACCGCUAACAUUGUCAUCGAUUUGGAGCAGCUCCAAUGAGCAGAUGGUGGCGAUUAAUAAAAACACAGGCAUUGCACGAGUGCUGAGUCACCAGCACAGGAUGGUCGAGAAAGUGGUGGUGACAUGUGGUGAUAAAUCGCGUCGCGGCGGUUACCUCAAAUACGAUCUAGAAUUGCGCGAAUCGGACUCGAUUGUGUUUGCCAAAUCGCUGGACAUAUUCAGCGGUUCGGAGUACAGUGCGCAGCUGGUGCUGCGCAACCACAUGCAAACGGACAAGUUCAGCAAUCUGAUUGCUCAAAAUAUAUCGAAGUGCAUAAGUCAGUUGCACAAAGUCGCUGUGGAUGCAUUUACCUGUCGCCUGGUCGCCAAGGACGAGCUGGGCCAGCAAUUGCUGAAACUCUAUCAGGUCGAAGCUAUUUUUGAUAUAGCCAGCAACCAGUAUGCGUGCAAGCUUCUGCUAACGUCCAGCUUCACAGAACUGUUGUCCAUUUUGAAGACAAACAAUGUGCUCCUUGAGCUCGAGGCGGCAAUGCCGAAUGGUAUUUUGGAUACCAUGUCGCUGAAACUGGUGCCGGGCAUUAAAGUGUCUCUGGAGUCGUUGCAGGUGCAUGACUUAAAAUCGCAGGAGCUACACAUAAGUGGUUUGGAUAAGGCCCUGCAAAAGCUGCAGGUCAAAGCAUCGGACACCAACUACUUUGCCGUUGAAUUGAUUGAGCAUGCGCAUGGCCUCAGCAAAUAUCGGGUGCGUUUCCUUAAAGAUUUCCCACUGGAAGAGAAUCUAUAUGUACUGGUGCACUCGCCAGACACGAAUCAGAGUAUUCAGGUGCCCAUAAUUGGCGACACAACGUUUGCGGGGAAGUGCUCGGGACGUCCGGGCGGACCGCUGCUCCGUCCCCUAAUCGAGAACCUGGGCUUUAUAUUAACAACAACUGUCAUUGUCAUCGCUUCGAUAUGGGUAUAUAUAACCUUCUUCCAGACGCAGGGCGUGAAGCAAGUCAACUCUGAGGUGUUUCAGCAAAGAAGAGGAAACACUUCGAAUGCAUCUCCCAGCAAAACCUUAAAUAGGUCACAAGAUGGCUCAUUUGAUAAUACAUUUAACAAUUCAUUUAAUCGUCGCGUGCAGCAGUCGCCAAUGCGGGAUGAGUCCUUUAUCUACGGCCAUCCGCAGCUAAACAGUCCCAACAGACGUAGUAAUGUGCGUCCCUACAAUUAGUUCUAGCUGAUUUCUGUGUGCUGUGGAAUUGAUUUACUAAUGUGGCUGCCUGAAUGCAACUCUAACAUAAGAAAGGCCAUUAACUCAGGUUAAAUUUAAAGACACGUACUGCCAAAGUGUACCAAUAAUGGAGUUGGGGAACUGGUGAUUUUUCUAUGAAACGUUCCUUUGUGUAUAGAUUUAAAAGUAAACCGAGACUUUAUCAAUAUCA